AUGCAUCUAUCUAUCUAUCUAUCUAUCUAUCUAUCUAUCCCAGCCUUUUUAUACCUAUCUCUCAGCCAUUUCCUGUCUAUCUCUUUCUCUCUCUGUAUCUUUCCGAAUUUUUAUCAGUCUUCUUCUUCUUCUGUUUUAGUUCUUCUUUCUCUUGGUUUCUAUAUUUCCUUUCUAUUCAUGUCACUCUUCUUUCUUUCUUUCUUUCUUUCUUUCUUUCUUUCUUAUGUAAUUUUUGAUAUCAAUUUCUUUUUUUUUGUUAAUUGGGCUCUUCUUCUUCUUCUUCUUCUUCUUCUUCUUCUUCUUCUUCUUCUCGAGACUUUCUUUCCACCCCACCUAAUUCCACAUUUCACUUUCCACCUCUCUCAUUCUACCUUUCUCUUUCCACCUAUCUCUUUUAACCUCACUCAUUCCUCCUCUCUCAGUCGGCCUUACGCAUUCCACCUCUCUCUUUCCACCUCUCUCUUUCCACCUCUCUCUUUCCACCUCUCUCUUUCCACCUUACUCUGA